AAAAAAAACAUAAGUUAAACAGUUUAAGCUCAUGAACCACAAAUCAUACAAGUAUCAAAACUAGAAUUCGAUAAAUUAAACUAACCUGUAGAAGCAGAGGACAAAACAGACCUCUAAAUUGUGCACUUUCUCCUCUCUUGCAAAUACUCCAUGCUCAAACGAACAAUAGGACUUUCGUUUAGUAGAGAGCGUGUAAUUUGUGAGAGCAGUUCGAGGAAAUACGUACACCAUUUCCUGCCUGGUCUGUUGGUAUUCUUCCUGAUUAAUUGCAAAAACUUUCACAACUAUUGUUUCAUGUAUAUAUAUAUAUGUGUGUGUGUGUGUAAUCUGGUUUAUUAAGUAUUUCUGAAUUUCUUUUGCAUACAUAUUUUUAGGUCAACACACAAACAACAGUUAAGGUGAAGGUAGUGAACAAAGCUGAAGAUGAACCCGAAUCAUUUGCUUGGUCGUGGAGGCCUGAGACCAUUGAUGACACCAGACUCCUUGCAAUGGGAGAAGGUACUGCAAAUCAACUUAUGGAUCAAAAAGAAGCUGGAAACGAUUCUGGUGAUUCUCUUUGGUACAUGACAAGUGUUCAUCUCAAGAAAUAUGAACCAAUCUGGAGCAAGAAUAUGGCUUUAAGGGUCAAUGACGCUGGUUUUAUUCUUCUUGCAUAUGUCAAAGGGGAAUAUGUUGGUUCUCAAUGGGCUCAAUACUACGUCUUCAACUAUGUUUUCGAGAAAAAUGUCAAGUUACAUCCUGGAAAGAACAUUAUUUCAUUGUGGAGUGCUACUGUUGGAUUUCCGGCAACCUUCAAAGCUCCUCUUGGAACUGAUCCAAUUGCCGUGGACUUACAAGGUAAAGGUCACGCUUGGAUCAGUGGUCAUAGUAUCGGGCGAUAUUGGCCGAGUUAUUUGUCAUACGACACUGGUUGUAGUCUCGAUGCUUGUGCUUACUGUGGUUCAUAUGAUAACAAGAAGUAUUCCUUCAACUGUGGCAAUCCUACCCAAAGAUGGUACCAUGUUCCUCGAUCUUUUAUGCAAGACGGGGAAAAUACAAUUGUUUUGUUUGAGGAGUUUGGUGGCAAUCCAUCUCUUGUGAAUUUCCUAACUAUCCAAGUUGGAGCUGUCUGUGCCCAUGCAUAUGAGAAUCACACAGUGGAAUUGGCAUGAGGUCGUCCAAUUCUGCAACCAAGUUUGCUAGUUUUGGUAAUCCACAAGGAACCUGCAUGUGGAUCAUUUGAUAAAGGCAGUUGUGAUUCUGCAAGUGCAUUGUCCAUAUCCUUCAAAAGGCAAGUCUUUUUUUUUCUGAACUCUUAAAUUUUCUGUCAACUUAAAUUUCAUGAACCCUAAUUUUCUAUUUACAUUACUAUAGCUAAGAAAUUCUUAUUUCUUUUUCCUAAUGAUUUUGUACGAAUGUGUGGGCAAAGGGAAGUGCUCGAUCGAUGUUUCUGACAGCAAAUUUGGCUCAACAAAUUGCGGUGAUGCUGUGAAGUGGCUGGCUGUGGAAGCAGUUUGCGAGUAGAGUUUAGGUUUUCUUAAUAAUUUUGUACCAUGAAAUUAGUUAUACUAGCUAGCAUGAUGAUCUAAGUAUCUUGUUUUGUAAAUUAACUAGGGUUUCUAUCAGUGUAGUCGGUGUUCAAAGGCACUGCAGCUUUAAUUUCUGUCACUUAGUACUACAGUCUCGUAGUAUUCA